AAUAAAGCGUCUAUUUUUAGACCACCACCGACUACUCUAAAAUACCGGUUCGAACUAGCCAGACGGCACUAAACUGUGAUAACAAAAAAAAUCCGUAAAGUGCGGUCUAAAUUUAAAUCCGGUGCGUGAAAAUUGCAAGGUAUCCAGUUUCUCCCCGACGCCGCCGUUCACCGUCAGUUCCCCUGCUGGACAAGAUGCGGACCUAGGAGCCGAUCGCCGCCGGUAAGAUGAGCAAGAUGUUCAGCUUCUUCAGGAAGUCGAAGAAAGACGACCGCAGGAACAGGGACUCGCCGCCGCAGAGUGCAGGUAGCAGAGACGCGAACAAAAAUAAUCACCAAAAACCUGAGAUUGCGCCCGAAAGUGUCGCCAACUAUUCGUCGGAAGUCGGACCGGUGAAAAAUGCCACGAAUGCACCCAGUCCGCCGGACAAGCUUAACGAAAAAAUCGACUCGAAUUCGCGCUCCGCGAAUCCCGAACCCUCCGCAGUAAUGUGCGAUGACCACGCUGCCACACUCGCCGCGAACACCUCUUACGCGAGCAUGCUGAAGAAGCCGGAACCGGUGGCGGACAGACGCGGGUCUGGCGUGAAGCCCUGCGGGCACGGCACCACCGCCAUCGCGCCCUGGGUUGCGGUGUUGGGCCACAGGCACGAUAGUGCCAACACGCCGCCCGCUAGUCCCGUGCUGGAAGCCAAAAAGGCUCUUAAGGUGGUCCAGAAUGGGGUGGACGAGAAGGCCGGCAAGGAAGAAAAGGAUACCGUCACCGCUUCGAUGAAGUUACACGUGAAUCUUCCCAUCACCUCUAGCGAAAAGAUCUCUGCGGGAAAUGGGGUUGAGAACCAGGUAGAAAAGAAGAAUCUUAUAAACCAAGAGGCUAAAUUCCAAAGCCAACUAAAUGACCUGUCUAAGGAACUUUCCAUUCGAGAUGCUGAGGCUACUAAGCUCAGGUUUCAAAUGGAAGAAUUGCAGAGAGAUGUGUUUGCGAAAUCUGCAGGAAUAGACCGUCUACAGACUGAAUUAAAUACGGCGAACAAAGAAUGUGAAGUAACCAGACAGCGGAUCCGGCAAUUAGAAAGUGAUUUAGAAAAUUAUAGAGCCAAACAUAGUGAACUUUCAGAACAACUAUCAGAGAAAUCAGAACUAUUAACUAAUUACGAAAAAGAGACCAAGGCAAAAAUAGGCGAGCUCGAAGGUGUGGUUAAGGAACUUCGAGACAAAAUAGAAAACCUAGAAAACGAAUUAAACACCUUGGGAGAUGAAAAAGUAAAACUAGAAGAGAGACACGCAGAGCUAUCAGCGGAAAGGGAUGAAGAAAAGAAAAAGGUCUCCGAAACUGUAGAACAAGCUAUAAAACAGAAGCAGGAGAUUGAGAAGAAGUGGAAGGAGGAUUUUGAGAAGUUGAGGACGAUAAAUAUCCUGAAGGAACAACAACUUCUAGAUGAUUUCGAGUGGAAACUUAGGGAAGUCCAACAGACAUGCAAAAAACGGUUAGAAGAUAAAGAUAAAGAUGUGGAGGAUAGGCUGCAGGAGGCCUAUAAGGAAGCGGAAAUGAAAAUGAGAGAGACUGAAGAAAUGAUGGAAAAGAUAGAAAACUUAAAAAUCUACCAAACAGAGGUAGAGAAACUGCGGAAUAUCACCAUAGACCAAGAGAGGGCUAUGAGAUCUCUCCUGGACCAACAAGAACAGAUGACGCAAGCAGAAGGCAAUUUAAAAAAUGAGACUAAGAAACUUAGAACUUUAAUAGACAUAGAAAAAGAGAACAUACAGCACAUCCAACGAAUCCAUCACCAAGAACUGGUGGACAAGGAGAGAAAACUCCAACAAACCUUGGACGAAAAACGCACAGAGAUUGCGAUGUAUUGGGAAGAACGGUUGCUUCACGAAUGCGGAAGACUGAAGUCCGAGCUGGAGCAGAUCCACAAUGAAGAGAAGUGGUUGGCCAUGGAAAGCGUCCGCAAGAAGAAGGACGAGGAUUUCCAGAAGGCCCAGAACGAGUGGGAGCAGAAACUGAGGAAUUGUCUCAAAGAGGUGGCUUCGCUAAAAAAAUCCCUAGUGGAGAAAGACGAAUAUUACAGAGAAGAACUCGUAAGUCAGCAAACAAACACAGACAGGGAUAUUAUGGAACUCAGACGACUGAUGGACAAAAUUGACAUGUCCCAUCACAAUAAGUACGAAAAAGUGAUAACAGAUCACGAAUCAGAGUUGGAACGAAUCAAUGAAGAGAACGAGAAGAAGCUGAAGGAAGCGGAGGUUUACUGGCAAAACCAAGUCAGUACCCUCCGGGCCACGGUAGAGCUGGUCAAGGAACAGAUGGAGAAGGAGUCUCAGCAGAAAAUAGAGACCCUGAUCCAACAACACAGAACGGAAUUAGAUGCCCAGUGGGAGAACCUCAUCCAGCAAAAGGGCGAGGCCAUCGAGCUCCUAGAAGAGGAAUACGUGACGAAGUACAAGACGCUGGAGGAGCAGUUCUACAUGCAGCAGAAGUCUCACAGCGUGCGAGAGAUCGAGCUGCUGAAGACCAUAGACAGUUUGAAGAACGAGCUGCAGAGUAAGGAAUCGACCAUAGAUGAUCUUCAGAACAACGUAGACACUCUGGAAGGUGGGGUCCAGGUGCUGAAUCAGGAGAUAGCGCAGAACGCUGUUGAUUUAGCCAAGACUAGGAAAGAUGCGGACCAUAAAAUAAGAUGUACUAAAGAGCCCAAAGACCUUCCUCCGCUCUCCUCCUUACUUAUACUGGUCUUUCCCAUUCUCACUUGGAUCAUUUCCAAUUCAAUUCUGCAAACUGUAACCUUCAUGUUACUAGCUGUCCUUGUAAUAAUUAAUCAAGGACCUUAGAUGGUCCACCCGAUUUUUCGUGCAUUUCCUGAAGUGUGUUCAGCAACCCGCUCGCAUUUAAUAGAUUGUGCAUUUAGACUGCGCCUUUGAACGUUUUUGCGCUUGCUCCAACCACACGACUGUUAAGACUUUUUUGGUACAAUCGAAUCCAGUUUACAAACAUUAAAAAGCUUCUCCAAGUUCUAGCUUUCAAAACUGAUAAUCCGGUCAGUUUUUGUCUUUGAAAACAUAGAGGAUGUGAGCAAUUGCGCGAUAUCAGGCCUAUGAAGAGAAUUUGUGACGUCACAACAAGUGGGUUCUGAUUUUUGACAUUCUCGAUGGAUGUAAGUGAAUUAUUUCGGUGCAAAAUCGCAGAUGGAACAAUAAUUUUGCCUUAAUGUUAAUGACUGUCACGGAUACCCCGUUUUUGGAGAGCCUUGGUGUUUUCAACUGGAAAAUUUUUCAGGAACCAAAAGAGUCUUAUCGAGAUUAUUCCUCG